CAGAGCAGGUGUAUUAGGGAAGAAAACCUUUUCACCUCUACAGCAGAGCGUUGUGACAGAGAUCAGUCAUUCUGGGAGACUGGCUUGUAAAUGUCUUGAAUUUCAGGAAAUUACUCAAGGAAGCUUGGCAGCACAAAUAGCAGCUUGCUGAUUCUUGCUUAGCUGUGUCAUUAAUCUGGGAAGAACUGGUGGAGGGUUUUCACUGCCAGUCUACAGCGGACGAGGUCCUGUAUCCAUUGGAAACUAAUCAGCACUGGAUCCACAAGUCACCAGUGAGACAUGGCAAGCCCAAGGGACAGCCAGGCGGAGACCACCGUGUGCCCAGCUGAUGUGACCCUCACAGGGAGCCCCGAGACCAUCAGCGUGAAGGCAGAGAGCGGGUCGCCUGACAUCACUGAGCCCUGGAGUCUGAACGUGUCGGAGCGCAGCCUUCAGGUCCUCUAUCUCCCCAGCUUUGACAUUCUGCCUAUCGAUGAGACCACCUGGCUGGAACGGGUCAGGGAACCCUCCCCUACCCCCACCCCAAGCCCUGAGGUCGCUUCAGCCUCCCCGACACGCUGUGCGGGGGAGCCAGAGCAGUGUCCCCAGAUCCACAGCUCAGCCUUGGUGGUUCCAGCCCUGCCAGUGGGGCCGGACGAGGAGCGCUCCUUGGAGCAGAUGCAAACCCUGGUUGUGGAGGAGGUGUUGAAGGACAUUGAGACGGCCUGCAAGUUGCUCAACAUCACACCAGAUCCAGUGGACUGGAAGGAGGGGAACGUCCAGAAGUGGCUGCUGUGGACGGAGCACCUGUACAAGCUGCCUUCCGUGGGCAAGGCCUUCCAGCAGCUGGACGGCAAAGACCUGUGUGCCAUGAGUCAGGAGGACUUCCAUAAACUGUGCCCCGAGUACAGCAGCACACUGCACGCCCACCUGGACAUAUGGAAAUCAGCUGCUUGGAUGCACGGAAGAUAUUCAGUGACUGAAAGACCAACACCAGCAGGAGGUCAGGACGCGUGGCCGGAGGCGGACUCUUCCUGCUCUGGCCAGCCCGUGCACCUGUGGCAGUUUCUCCGGGAGCUGCUGCUCAAGCCCCACAACUACAGCCGCUACAUCCGCUGGCUCAAUAAGGACAAAGGAAUCUUCAAAAUCGAAGACUCUGCUCAGGUGGCUCGUCUGUGGGGCCAAAGGAAGAACCGGCCAGCGAUGAACUACGACAAGCUCAGUCGCUCCAUCAGGCAAUACUACAAGAAGGGUAUAAUACGCAAGCCGGACAUGUCCCAAAGACUGGUCUAUCAGUUCGUCAACCAGGUGUGAGUGUAUCUUCAGCAGGCUCUCGCCCUGUCUGGAGAUGGAGGAGGGAGGAGGUGAUACGUCCACUGGCCCCUGAGUCUGAGUCCAUUCCUGAGAGACUAACUAUAUGAACCACAGGAAAAUACACUCAGCCUGGACUGGCACGGACAGCUGAUUUUAUUUUUUUUUCUUUGUAUUUUGUAUCUGUUUUUUCUCAAAAAUUAUUUAUUUUUUUAAUAUCGUCGUCAAAUGACAAAGUUUUUUUUUUUUUACACAAGCAGCAGAAAGCAAGGUUUAAACAUUAUAUUUUGAUAUAGUGACAGAAGAUGAUGACAGAAGAGAUGACCUAAUGUCCAGUCCUAGGAAGGUAGUGAGCACUAGUCUAGUGCCAGGAUACUCAUCAGGGCAGCAAAAACUUGUGCAGUUGUGUUCUUUCAAGUCAACUCAAUAUAGUUGAUUACACCAUUAAGCGUUAUUAGGAGGACAGAAAAGAGCCCAUGCCCUGUUUUACUCUCACAUUCCCACUAUAUGACUUUGUACAACAAUUGCCUAAUUUGUUUAGGCUCAUACAGUAGAUCUAUAAAGCUAUUUUAUUAAUAGUCUUGUUCUAGAUAGAAUCUUGUCUAUUUAGAUACCUUGAGUAUUAGUUACAGUUUGCUUACUUCUGUGAACAAGAGCAGAAAAUUAAAAUAUCAAAAACCCUAUUUGCUUUUCUUCAGUUUAGUACAUUUCUUCAUAAAGGGCAAAAAGGGUGAAAAAUGUAAACGGCUUUGGAAAACCAAUCUAUGCUACUGUAUACACCUUUGAGGUUUGCAAAUGUGUCACGUUUGUUUACUUUUGAUCAGACCACAUUAGGUCCAGAGAGGGUUGAAGCGGAGGAUCUUUGCUAGGUCAUCCAGAGUGGUUAAGCUCUGACCAGUGGUGCAAAUCAACUGGCUCAUGUUCCCAGUAGUGCAGUGAAAUUAGGGCCACAAUGAAUGACGGUCAUACAAGUAUUUGAUAUUAAAAGGACAUCAGCUGAAUAGACCACUGUAUCGUGUGUCUACUUUGGCUCUACCCUCGAAAAUUUCCACUUGUAGCAUACACAGCGCAUUUAGUUUCCUUAUGUUUUGUGCUUCCUACAAAGUAUUAGUUGCCUAGAUCAAGCACGAGCUAAAUGAGGAAAAUAUUAUAUUCCACAGUGAAUGAAGAUAGUAAUACAUAAUUUCAUUCUUUUGUUUUCAACCAUGCAGCCAAUUAACUUGGCCACAUCAUUUUUAGGCUUGUUUACACCUUUCUCUUGGUUUACACUAUAA